AUGCGGUUGAAUUUUGCCAAACAUGAAAUAACUGUCAGGGAAGGAUUAAAUAGAGCCGGUGAGUUGGCUAGACAGCCUUUGAAAGUAGCACAGCACGUGAUGGAUCAGGAAACAGCCAAGAGAUCAAAAAUUCAGAAUUUUGCUAGUGGAGAUAGUGUUACUCCUAGUGACAAAGAAUCGAGCAGUGUGAGUCACAACCUCUCCAGUGGAACCAGUUACUACAGCUGUGUCAGUCAGGUCACUGUUGGUUUCGACAUUGCGGGACAAUUAGCGAUUGGUCUCUCUGGAUGGUCAGUGCCCUUUCCUCAAGAUGGCCCACUGCCUUGCCAUCGACCCCAGUACAUGUGUAAGGACUUUAAGCCGCCUCCUUUCAAGCCCUUUGUUUCUCAGAAGGACCAAUCAGCCCCUGCCUCCUGUCCAGCCUCACUCUCCAUCACACCAGUGCUUUCUUACUACAGCAGCAGCCAGGAAACCCUCAGCCAAGAAACUGAAGGCGUGAGUGUGGCUAUUCAUGGGGUUGAAAACUCUGUUCAGAUUCAUCGGAGAACUGUGCCCAUCUAUCGAAGAUCUGCUCAGAUGUCUGGGGCCAGACAUCCUUCACUUCCUCCUGUCACAAAGUCCGUGACUGUGGACUGCUCCUCUUCAGGAUCCAUUGAAUCGGCUGUUGUCAAUGGGAAAUACCCUUAUCCAGUGGCUCGCGAUGCAAAUAUUUAUUUGGGUGAAUCCGAAGGUAGGAACAGCCCUUCGAAAGAUGAUGACUCCCUGCUUCAUCCUGGCAAUUUGACCACGUCAGAUGAAUCGAGCGCAUUGGAAAUGGGAGUUGAGGUGAGAGCUGCUGAUAGAAAUAAAGGAAAUGGCCUCUUCUUCAGGGAUGGGAAAUGCCGGAUAGAUUACAUCCUUGUUUACAGAAAAUCUAAUGCACAAGCAGAGAAACGGGAAGUGUUUGAGAGAAACCUGAGAGCUGAAGGAUUGAACAUCGAGAAAGAGUCAUCACUAACCAACAGUGAUAUCAUAUUUGUGAAGUUACAUGCCCCAUGGGAAGUUCUUUGUAGAUAUGCAGAGUUAAUGAACGUACGGAUGCCUUUCAGGAGAAAAAUCUAUUACCUGCAGCGGCGUUACAAGUUCAUGAGCAGGAUGGAGAAAAGGUUGAGCAGGUUCAGAGGAUGGUUACCAAGGAAACCGAUGAAGUUGGACAAGGAUACGUUACCAGAUCUGGAGGACACAGACUGCUACACAGCUCCUUUCAGUCAGCAGAGGAUUCAUCACUUCAUUAUAAACAACAAAGACACGUUCUUCAACAAUGCAACGCGAAGCAGAAUUCUGCACCACAUUUUACAAAGGGUCAAAUAUGAAGAGGGCAAGAACAAGAUCGGACUUAAUCGUUUACUUGGAAAUAGCACCUAUGAGGCUGCAUUCCCACUUCAUGAGGGAAGCCACAGAAGCAAAAAUUCCAUUAAGACUCAUGGAGCUGUGAACCACCGUCACCUGCUGUUUGAAUGCUGGGCCUGGUGGGGUGUGUGGUAUAAGUAUCAGCCACUCGACCUAGUCAGGCGUUACUUUGGUGAGAAGAUUGGCCUGUACUUUGCCUGGCUAGGUUGGUACACGGGAAUGCUGUUCCCGGCUGCCAUUGUUGGCUUGCUAGUGUUUUUGUAUGGAGUUUUCACACUGGAUUACUGCCAAGUAAGUAAAGAAAUCUGCCAAGCAACAGAAAUAAUUAUGUGCCCACUCUGUGACCAUCAUUGCCGCUACAUGCGGUUAUCAUACAGCUGUGUAUAUGCCAAGGUGACUCACCUCUUUGACAAUGGAGCUACAGUAUUCUUUGCUGUUUUUAUGGCUGUAUGGGCUACAGUCUUCCUGGAGUUUUGGAAACGGCGGCGAGCAGUUAUUGCCUAUGACUGGGAUUUGAUUGACUGGGAAGAGGAGGAGGAAGAAAUCCGUCCCCAGUUUGAAGCAAAAUAUUCCAAGAAGGAACGGGUGAAUCCUAUAUCGGGAAAACCAGAGCCUUAUCAAGCUUUCACUGACAAAUGCAGUAGGAUCAUUGUAUCAGCUUCUGGAAUAUUCUUCAUGAUCUGUGUGGUGAUUGCUGCUGUUUUUGGAAUUGUCAUUUAUCGGGUGGUGACUGUGAGCAUAUUUGCUGCAUUCGAGUGGGCCCUAAUUAGGAAUAAUUCCCAGCUUGCUACAACAGGAACUGCAGUGUGUAUCAACUUCUGUAUCAUCAUGCUUCUGAACGUGCUGUAUGAGAGAGUUGCACUGUUUCUGACCAAUUUAGAACAGCCUCGAACCGAGUCAGAGUGGGAGAACAGCUUCACAUUAAAAAUGUUUCUGUUCCAGUUUGUUAACUUGAACAGCUCUACCUUUUACAUUGCAUUUUUCCUGGGAAGAUUAACAGGACGCCCAGGAGCCUAUUUGAGAGUCUUGAACAGGUGGAGGUUGGAGGAGUGCCACCCAAGUGGUUGCCUUAUCGACCUGUGUUUGCAAAUGGGAAUCAUCAUGGUGUUGAAACAGAGCUGGAAUAACUUCAUGGAGCUUGGCUACCCGCUUAUUCAGAACUGGUGGACAAGGAGAAAAUUAAGACAAGAGCACGGCAAUAAUGGCAAACCAAUUCUACCACAAUGGGAGAAGGAUUACAAUCUGCAGCCAAUGAAUGCUUAUGGCCUGUUUGAUGAAUAUUUGGAGAUGAUUCUUCAGUUUGGUUUCACAACUAUAUUUGUGGCAGCAUUUCCAUUGGCUCCUCUUCUGGCCUUAUUGAACAAUAUUAUUGAAAUCCGUCUUGAUGCUUACAAAUUUGUCACACAGUGGAGGAGGCCAUUGGCUUCAAGAGCCAAAGAUAUAGGAAUCUGGUAUGGAAUUUUGGAAGGCAUUGGGAUCCUGUCUGUUAUUACCAAUGCAUUUGUCAUCGCAGUGACCUCUGACUUCAUCCCUCGCUUGGUUUAUGCCUACAAGUAUGGUCCCUGUGCUGGCCAAGGGAAAGCAGGACAAAAGUGCAUGAUUGGUUAUGUUAAUGCCAGUCUGUCUGUGUUCCUGGUGACAGAUUUUGAGCAGCGUUCUGAACCAUAUUCAAAUGGCAGUGACUCUUUCGGUACAGAGGUAGAGUACUGCAGAUAUCGUGACUAUAGAGAACCACCUCAUUCCAAAGAACCUUAUGCCUACACACUGCAGUUUUGGCACGUAUUAGCGGCUCGGCUGGCUUUUAUCAUUGUAUUUGAGCAUUUGGUUUUUAGUAUAAAGAAUCUUAUUGCGUAUCUGAUUCCUGAUUUACCAAAAGACCUCCGGGACAGAAUGCGCCGUGAGAAGUACCUAAUUCAGGAAAUGAUGUAUGAGGCUGAGCUGGAGAGACUUCAUAAGGAACGCAAUGAGCGGAAGAGGAAUGGGAAAGGCUCAAACAAUGAGUGGCCGUGA